AGCAGCUCUGCUUUGUUAGACCUGAAAGUCAUCUCUAAUUCCCGCCCACUCUUUGAUUAUAUAUUUGGACCCCAACCAACUCUUUGUUCGCCACCCUUAACUUCAUCAUGGCCACUGACGCUUCACCCCAGCUCCGGUCCGUGCCACCUUCUUCAGACUUUCACCCUGAAAUCUCACUUUCUCAGUCGCCAACCCACGAUGGCCUUCACUUUUGGCAAUUCAUGAUCGCUGGCUCCAUAGCCGGCACCGUCGAGCACAUGGCUAUGUUUCCUCUCGACACACUUAAGACACGCAUGCAAGCUCUUGGCGCUUCAUGUUCGGUUCAACCCGUCAGCGUUCGUCAAGCCCUCGGUUCCAUCUUAAAGCUAGAAGGUCCUCCCGGUCUUUACCGUGGUAUAGCUGCAAUGGGGCUUGGCGCAGGACCUGCACAUGCAGUUUACUUUUCUGUUUACGAGCUAUCUAAGCAAGUUUUGUCCCGUGGUGAUCCGAAUAACUCAAUGGUUCACGCUGCUUCUGGCGUGGUGGCCACAGUAACAAGUGACGCGGUCUUCACGCCGAUGGAUAUGGUGAAGCAGAGACUGCAGUUGAAGAAUAGUCCGUACAAAGGUGUAGCGGAGUGCGUGCGUAUGGUGGUGAUGGAGGAAGGGAUUGGAGCCUUCUAUGCUUCUUAUAGAACCACUGUUAUUAUGAACGCGCCGUUCACUGCUGUCCACUUUGCCACAUACGAGGCGGCAAAGAGAGAGUUGAUGGAGGUGUCGCCUGAUACAGCCAAUGAUGAGAGGUUGGUAAUUCAUGCCACUGCUGGUGCCGGUGCUGGUGCCUUGGCUGCUGCUCUUACGACUCCGCUUGAUGUUGUUAAAACCCAGUUGCAGUGUCAGGGAGUGUGUGGUUGCGAUAAAUUUUCGAGCAGUUCAAUUGGGAAUGUGAUUGAAACAAUAGUGAAGAAGGAUGGAUACAGGGGCCUUAUGAGGGGAUGGAUUCCAAGGACGCUCUUCCAUGCUCCAGCUGCUGCAAUCUGUUGGUCUAUUUACGAAGCAUCUAAGUCCUUCUUCCAACAGCUUAACAGCCGCUAAAACCAAACCAAGCAUCAUCUCUGUCAAACAAAUAACCUUCACACUUGAAUGAAUGUCCAAUACAACAUUGAAACUUCGCAGUACGCUUGUCUAAAAUUUGCUCCCCGCACAGGUCAAGCAAUAUAUUACUACUUUUUAUUAAUCAAUCAAGUUAGUUGAUCCUUUCUCA